AUGGCUGAACUGCUGCUGCGUGCGUCCGAAGCCGACAGACGGACACUGCCCACUCUCUCCCAGCUCUCUAAAAGCGAUAUUGAUUGCAUUUGGGCCGAAAUCUCCUCUUACAUUAAACAUCAGAUCUCCUCACAGAAGGGCGUCCGCCUGUCAGGACUGGGUACCUUCACCCUCUCUCAGCAGAAUUUGUACCUGGGGAACAGGUUCAGAAAGGUCCACGGACCCGUCUUCAUCGCGGCUGGGAAACUGGCCCGGUCUUUAGGUUUAAAGGAGACAAGGCCGCCGGCCACAGGUGAGCCCGAUUACCACAAACAGGAAUUUAAAGAGAAGAAGAAGAAGACAAAACAAAAUGACAGAAUGAAUUCCUGGUUGUCCUCUGCAGUGACGCGGCUGCCGGUGGUCCAGCUGAACUUCGCGGCCGUCUCCCAGAAGACGCCUUUCAGUCGAGACGCGGUGGAGGGCUGCGUGAGGGAGACCCUUCAGCUGCUCCUCAGAGCGCUGGCCUCCGACCAAAACACCUCCCUCGUCUUCAAGGGACUAGGAACGUUGGUUGAGAUGAUUCGGGUUUUUGCCGGGGACGGCGUUUGGUUCCAGUCCGACCGGCCGUCCGGGCCUCAGAGGCCGGAGACGGCUGACCGCGCCGCCCUGCCAGCUCUCCGCUCUCCUCGGAACGACGGCAAAGCUGGAGGCAAAGACGGAGGCCCCGCGGAGCAGAGGGACGCGGCAGAGGUUCCUAAACAGAGAGAGUCAGAAUCUAGAAAGACGAUGCAGCCCGCCAAGGUGAAAGCUGUCGGCCUGACUGAGGAACUGAAUCCAAAGCCCCCUGCGGAGGCCCCGAACAAGUACCCAACACACACUCACGCACACACAGAUCGCGGCUUCAUCGUCAGGCUCCCAACCUCCAACUCAUCGCAAGUGGUGUCCAGCAAACCGUCCGAACAUCUUCUGAAUAUGAGCUGCUCAGACAACACUCAUGAUGGACAGGGGCUGUGUCACCUGUGCGAGCGGAGAGAAAAACGAAACGUUCCGGUGUACCUGAGCGAGCAGCGGCAGGCGAAGGAAAAAGUGCAAGAAAAAAUCUUACUGCUGAAAGAGCAACUGAAAGACGAGCAGGACGUGGAGCGAGAGCUGAACUCCUUCAUUUUCCCGGGCCGGCCCGUCACGCCUCCCAGAAGGAUUCAGCAGCAUCGUUACAUGAGCCGCCUCCAGAGUCAGAUAGAGACCAGGAAGAAACACGAGGCUCAAACCAAUCGGGACCGUUACCUCACGGAGAACCUCGACCAGGUCCAGCUGAUCCAGGAGUUGGCUUUGCAAAGGGCUCAGCAGCUUCAGCAAAAACAGGAGAAAACGCAUCAGUACAGAAAGGCUCUGGACACUCAGGUUGAGGAUAAGAAGCACACAGAAACUCCAGAUGGCCAGCAUGAAAACCUGGGCUUGAACCGCUGUGAUACAGCUGUCAGUGACGCAGAGAGGAGGGACAGGGCACAGAAGCUGUUCCAGGUGAACUUUGGUGCUGCUGUUAAAAGGAAGGAGGGAGAUCUGCAGAUCCGUCAGCUACAGCUGGAGAAAGAAAGGGAAAUGCUCAGACACAACAAGAUGGAGCUGAUACUGGACCGCGUCAGUCGCUUUGAAAAGAAACGCGACAUCAGCAAAUCACUGGAGGACGACUGGAGCCGCAGCAUCAGACUCAAACACAAGCGUGAGGACGAGGAGAAAAAGUUCCAGAGGCUCGCUGGUCAGCUCCUGGUGGAUAAACUGACAGAGUACAGGCGCUGCUCCCAGUGUCAGCGGAGAACCAACAACUGUGGACAGAGCAACAUCUGGAAAGAUUCUCACUACCUCAGUGGCUCACAGUUCAUGAUAUGA